GAAAAACACCUCAAAAUGUGCACGACGAAUAUUGCCAUGUCAAUUGGUGCAACGGUGAAUUUGCAACAGAGAACGUCGACAGUGAAAAAUCGAAAUCUCAUUAUUUUUUUCGUUAUUCUAAUACAAGCAGGAAUAUAUGGAAAAUACUUGGAGGGCCUCAAUGUAAACUUAGGAGAUGCCCUUCUAUUUCUCAGAGAAUAUGAUAGUGCAGCUUCGUUAAUGUGUACAAGGGUGACAAUGGCUCAAUGGAAUUUUGCGACAAAUAUUACUGAUACAAACCAUCAGAAAAUGAUAGAUGAACAAGCAUUGAAAUUAAAGUUUGAAAGAGCUUCUUGGCGAAAAGCAAUAACUUUUGCUUGGAGUCGAAUACCAGAUCCAUUAGCAAGAAGGGAACUUAAAAUGAUUGCUACGAAAGGUCGAUAUUCGUUGACUGACGAUAAAUUUAAUGAGAUACACCGCUUAAUAAGUGAGAUGAAGGAAAUUUACACAAAAGCUAGAGUGUGUCCAUACAAACGAAUUGAUGUUGAGUGUAAUUUAACUCUGGAUUAUGAUAUAAAUAAGAUAAUGGGAAAUUCAAAAGACUACGAUGAGUUAUUGUAUUAUUGGGAUGCUUGGCACGAAGCGAUCGGUCCAAAACUUAAAAACAAAUAUUUGAGAUAUGUUCAAUUGGCCAAUCAAGCAGCUAAAUUAAAUGGUUUUGCUGAUGCUGGCGAUCAGAUGAGAGAACUGUUUGAAGAUGAAUAUUUCCAGCAAAAUAUAGCGGAAGUAAUGUCAGCCAUAACUCCGCUCUACAAGAAUCUGUUCACUUACGUACGAUCGAAACUGAAUGAAAGAUAUGGUAAUAGAAUACGCGAGGAUGGACCUUUACCGGCGCAUGUUUUGGGAAAUAUGUGGGCCCAAAAUUGGGAAAAUCUAUUCGAAUUAGUUCAACCUUUUCCUGCGAGCAAGAAACUCGAUGUGACUUUGGAUAUGAUGAUUCACGGUAUCACUCCAUUGAGGAUGUUUCAAAUAGCAGAGGAGUUCUUUACGUCGCUCGGAAUGAAGCCAAUGCCGCCAGAAUUCUGGAAGUUCUCCAUGUUCGAGAAACCUAUCGACAGAGAAGUUAAAUGUACCCCAAGUGCGUGGGAUUUUUGUAAUAGAAUUGAUUACAGGAUAAAGCAGUGUACUACAGUUACAAUGGAUGCCUUGUUAUCAACACAUUAUGAAAUGGCGCGAUUGCAAUAUUAUUUACAAUAUAGGGAUCAUCCACUGUUAUUUCGAAGCGAAGCACUUCCAGGAUUUGACGAAGCUGUUAGCGAUGCGAUUGGUUUGUCAAUUUUUACCCCUCAGCACUUACAUAAAAUCGGAUUGCACAAUAAUUUAACAGACGAUUACGAUAGCAACAUAAAUUUUCUGAUGCUAAUGGCUCUUCGCAAAGUGGCUUAUGCACCAUUUGCUUAUAUAGUUGAUCAAUGGAGAUGGCAUGUCUUUAGUGAUGGUGUAGAAAAUAUGACAGCAUAUUGGUGGGAAUUAAGAAUGCAAUAUCAAGGCAUCGUUCCACCUAUGCCUAGAUCUGAAAGGAAUUUCGAUCCAGCGGCGAAGUAUCAUAUCCCAGCGGACAAUCUCUAUGCCAAAUAUUUCGUAAGCGUUGUCUUACAAUUCCAAUUGUAUCAAUCACUGUGUGAAAUUUCCGGUCACACUGGCGAGCUGCAUACUUGCGAUCUUUACAGAUCGCGGGAAGCGGGUCGAUUGUUAUCGGAUGUUCUAUCGAUGGGAGCCUCCAAACCAUGGCAGGAUAUUGUCAGGAAAAUGACAAGAGGUAGAACAAAUAGAAUAGACGCUAGUGCCAUGCUCAAGUACUUUGAGCCUUUGAACGCGUGGUUAAAACGAGAAAAUGAAAUGCAACCUGUAAUCGGCUGGAUUACAGGCCGCGACAACAAUGAAAGGUACCUUCGUUACAGAACCGCCUCAUGUAGUUCUCUAGGCCUCAUAAGUCACAAUCUCAUAUAUCAAAGGUCACUGAAACAGAGGGUGAACAAAAAUGGUAUCAUUUUGGCACACUACUCGGACUUGAAGCAAAGUUCUCAGAGUGAUUACCAGAAACCUCAAGCAGAACAGAAAAUAUCAGUAUUCCAAAAAAUGAAACAAAUGACUAAAGAUUAUUGGCAUGUAUUAAUACCUGUACACAUAUUGACAUCCAUAGGAUGGGCAGCUAUAUUCUAUACUGCUGUGAGAAACGGUGUGGAUGUAGCACAGAUUUUGGAAUACAUGAAUUUUAGUGAAAAGUAUGUAAAUUUAGUACGUAACUCAAGUGCUGGGGACUGGGCCAUUACUUAUGCACUUUAUAAAAUAUUUACGCCACUUAGGUACACUGUUACCGUUGGAGGAACUACAAUAGCCAUUAGGCAACUGAGCAGAUUAGGCUAUGUAAAGGCACCAUCAUUUAAGCUUCAAUCAGCAGAGCCAAUACGGUCAAACAAAUAUGCAACAGAACAGGAGACAAAAUUCAAGGCAGAGUGUAAAACAGGUCGACACACAGAACCACCAAAACCAUGACGAUUCGCCCGCAUUAUAUAUCGGAAUUGGGCUUGGUGUAGCUCUGAUAUUUAUUAUGCGUGAUAUUCAUGUACACAUUUCUCGUUGUGAAUGUAUAUUAUGUUAAUAAUAGAUGACCUACAUCACAUUGUUCUGAAUUUAUUUCUCCAAUCUGUUCCUCAUUCUGCAAGCAUUGUCGAUGUGUGUAUUAACAAUAGAUAUCAAGACAUUGAUCUUCUAUAUAUUAUAUUUAACAAUAACUUUGUAAAA